CGUGAUUGCUAUGUAAUGGUUGAAGAAAUUGAAAGGAAAAGGAAAGAAAAAGAGGAUCUCACAGUCAUUGGUAGACAUGCACCUUUAGGAACAGGGACACAAUUAGGUUGUGUUGGAGGGCCUUCUUCCUUACCUUCAUAUCGUCCCACUCAUUUUGCUACUACUCAUGCUUCCGGUUCUGCUUCUAUAAGUGCCAGUGCUAGUGCCAGUGCCUCUGCCCCUUCUCAUGUUCCUAGCACUGGCAGUGGUAGUGGGAAUGUUAGCAUUGGACCUAGCAUUCGUAAAUCUAGGUUGGAUACCUUUUUUGCACCUCGCACUACUCCUGGGUCCCAACAGUCACUUGAGAGCAUGGGUUGGAACAAGGAGGUCCAUGAUGCUGCUAAAAUGGCAGUUGGCAGAUUUUGGAUCUAUGGCAGUAUUCCAUUCUUCACAGCCAGGUCACCUUAUUGGCAAGAAAUGGUUGAUGCCCUUACCAUUUGUGGGGCGGGGUUCAAAGCCCCUUCUGAGUUUGAUUUGAGCGGACCCAUUUUGACUGAAUUGGUGAAUGAUGUGAAGAAAGAAUUGGGUGAUCAACGCCAAAUAUGGAGCACUAAAGGUUGCACCAUCAUGACUGAUGGUUGGACAGACAGGAGAAAUAGAACUCUCCUUAAUUUUCUUGUUUCUUCCGCAGGGGGCACCGUUUUCAUCAAGUCUAUUGAUGCCUCCGCCCAUUGCAAGAAUGCCACCUACCUAUGUGAGCAGAUAGAGGAGGUGAUUAAUGAGGUGGGUGAAGAGAACGUGGUACAGGUGGUGACUGACAAUGCACCAAAUUAUGUUGCUGCAGGCAGACUAUUGAUGGAGAGGCACCCAUCUAUAGUUUAGACUCCA